GGAUGCUGCAGCCCCAAAUAGGAGGGACAGCAGACAGGACGAGAGUCACCAGAGCGCCGAGGAGAGCGCUGCUGUUGCGUCAAACCCGUCUCCCACUGUACGUCGCUGUCCUGUCCUGCCCAUUCAGUCACACAGACAGAGACAGCCAGACAGUCAGUGAGUUGGUGUUGGAAAUAAACGAGAGCGUCCGGGGACCACAGAUAACACGGUCAGCAUCUCUGCCUCGGAAACUUGUUGACUAACUUUUACGCACAGUUUUGAGUUUAUGAGAAGCGAAACGCGGGAGUGAAACGGCCAGCGAAUGGAGAAGCACAAAGUGCUGGACCGGCUCCUGGUGGAGCUGCAUCGCUUCCUGUUGAUCCUAGACAAAGAGAACCUGAGUGGGAACGCCACAGUGCACAAGAGCAUGCUGUCCGACCUGCUGCAGACCUACAGGGGACCUGCGGGUGGAGAUGAAGAGUACAUCUACAUGAAUAAAGUUGUGGUCAGCAACAGCAAAGAUGACAGAGCCGAUAGCCUUGUGAAUGGAAAAGCUGGAAAGUUCAGUCCAGUCCCACAGAAAAACCUCCCAGAGCUGCCUCCUCCCAGAACAGGUGUAAUAGGCCGAGAGCCGUUCCCCUUACCCCCACUUCCUACUUCAACCAUGGACACGUCAGAGAGCUACUACGAGGAGGCCCAGCCGUAUGAAGAAGCUCUCAAUGAUGAUGGAGAGGCGGUGAGUAGCUCAUACGAGUCUUACGACGAGGAGGAAGUGACCAAAGGCAAAUGUCCGUCCGCUCAGCACCAGUGGCCCUCUGCAGAGGCCCCUUUUGAGCUGAUGAGGGACUCUCGGAUCUGUGCUUUUCUGUGGAGGAAGAAGUGGCUGGGACAGUGGGCCAAACAGCUCUGUGUGAUCAGAGACGACCGCCUCAUGUGCUAUAAGAGCUCGAAGGAGCAGACCCCGUUGCUGGACGUGAGCCUGCUGGGCUGUUCUGUGGUCUACAAAGAGAAGCAGUUAAAGAGGAAGGAGCACAGACUGAAGAUCGUUCCAAUGGGAGGAGAGGCCAUCGUCCUGGGCCUACAGAGCAGAGAGCAGACGGAGCAGUGGCUCAAGGUGAUUCAGGAGAUUAGCCCCAAACCAGCUGAGAAUGGUGAUUCACCGCACUGCGCCUCUGACUCACCCAGACUUAUCUGCACUAAGGGCGAGCUGGGAGAUAGAUACUCGGUAGCAUCAGAAAGUGGCAGUAGCACCGACAGUCACACCGAAACAUGUGAAAACAAAGAUGUGAAGAAGAAAUUUCAGUUCAGUAAUCUCAUGAACAUCGGCAAGAAAAAGCCCUUGUCCUUAGAAAGUCCAGAAAAAUGCAUUGAUACAUCAGGUUACCUCAAUGUGCUGGUGAACAGUCAGUGGAGGACGUGCUGGUGCCUUAUCAAGAACGGGCAGCUGUGGUUUUAUCAGGACAAGAACAAGUCCAAGAUCAGCCAGCCCGCCGUCAGUCUGGAGGGGUGCAGCGUGUGCCCAGAUCCAAGCCCCGAGCACCUGUACUCCUUCAGGAUCCACUCAGACGGGACUCAGCUGACAACAUUAGAGGCCAAAACAUCGGCAGAUAUGGGUCAUUGGCUGGGCCUCUUGUUGUCCCAGAUGGGAUCCAAGACCAACCCUGAAGACCUGACGUACGACUAUGUCAAUGCAGAGAGGAUCUCGAGUAUCGUCAAUGCAGCCAAGACUUCACUAUACUUGAUGCAAAGGAGGUACUCAGAGCCCAACACUUACAUCGACACCCCGCCCUCCUUUUCCCAAAACUCUGAUGAACUGUAUGAUGACGUAGCAUCGCUCCCAGAUCCUGAGGAUGUUGAGGAGACUGAAGCCCUGAACAAUGAGGAUAAACCCACAGAAAAAGACACAGGUGAAAACAGUCAGAUAGAUGGAAGUAUUGAAGACUCAAAUGGUACAAAGGAAGAUGCUGACAGCAAAAUUUACCUGGACCUUAUACCGGUGCGCUCCUUCUUACACACGAGCGUCAAGGACUCACCCGGCAAAAACACUGUCCCAGAAUUUACAGAACAACACAUAGAGCCCAAAGAGGUUAGCGCACCCACCCCAUCUGAACCAGUGCCAGUAUUAAAUGAACCAAACGAUCCAGAGGAGUCCUCCCAAACACAUGUCCCAUCACAGCCACAGGAAAAAACACUGAAGUCAUCGCCCCAAAGCCAGGAGAGCCAGAGGAGGGGCACCGUGGGACAGAUCAGUAAAAGCUUCUUGAGUCCAGCUGGGCCAGGCCAGAGCAGCAUGGGACAUCAAAGCCCUCAGAUGCCCCGAGCCAAAAACACAAACGGGGCAGAGAGGCCAAAGGCGUAUAGUCUAGCUUCCCAUGGCGCAGUUGAGGUUAAACUCGGGAAGAACCGUACUGAAGCCGACCUGAGGAGAUACCGGGACGAGCGAGAGCACUUGGAGAGAGAAAGGGAGGAGGUGAGGAGCAGCCUGGCCAAUCUGAAGAAAGAGAGGAGCGAAGUCAAAGAGGAGCUCACUGCCUGCCAAGACCCCAAAGAGCAGGCUGCACUAGAGGCCCGUCUGAAGGAGAAGGAUGAGGCAUGUCGGGAGGCGGAGAGGCGGAGGGUGGAAGUGGAGCUGCAGCUGGUGGAGGUGAAGGAGAAUCUGAAGAAGGCCGAGUCGGGCCCCUUCACCCUGGGGACCACACUGGAUCUCCAGGACACGUCUAAAGCUGCAGCCCUGCCACCAUCUGUCCACUUAGCCACAUCUCCAUCCCCGUGCCAAACACCCAAAGCCCCUACCAGUACUGUGAGUGGAGAUCCAGCCUCUCCUGUCAACUCGGCAUCAGCGCUGAAAAACCGACCAGUCUCAAUAAUGGCAACAAAAGGCAAAGUUCUACAGAAAGCUAAGGAAUGGGAGAAAAUGUCAACCACUUGAGAAGCUUUGAAAUUCCUAUGAACUGCGACUGAUAACAAUGUCAAAACUCCUGACACAACUCCACAGAUCAGACAAGUUAUGACCACCAGCCUAAUAUAAACACAAUACAAACAGACUGUAGGUUUAUACUGAGACAUUUUCAUUAGAACUACAGCUGCUCAUCUGUUGGAUUCAACCACUCAAAGUCCACUCAACAUUCGCCUGAACUCGGAAACCUCUCCUAGAAGUGCGGUUUCCUGGAAAAUGUAACACCAACAGCAAGGAUGCAAUGUUUGACAGAUUUCUUGUACAGUAUUCCCCAGAACUCCAAACAGCUGUUGUGGUCAAAACGUUAUGUUUAAUACAGAGCCAUCGGACAACACCGGUGUGCGUAAAUGUAGCCAGUAACUAUUGUGUCAUUCAUUUCGACAUUGGGAUUUCAAUAAGGGUUUAUGGCCACUAAAGACACAGAAACCAGCCUUGCUCUUGAAAUGUUCCUUUGUACACUUUAGAUUGUAGCUUGGUUCAUAUAUGCUGGUAGCCAAGAUGUAAAUAUAUUUAGACCAUUAGCCAUUGGCUUGUAUUGCUAGCUAAAAAUGCACUUUUUAUUCAAAUAAAAUAUACUGACAACAA